AUGUUAUAUUUCAGUGAACCUCAUCCCGAGCGAAAACCCCAACAGAUGUCGGAUAUUGAUCAACAUUUACUCAUCCAGAUAUCACUCACUUGCUCUGAAAGUUUUUUUGCGCUCCGAACAUACGCGCUCUGGAAUAACAAUAAGAUCGUACUUGUGGGCCUGUUGUCCACCGCUUUUGCUAUGGUCGUAACAUCCGUUGGAAUUCGUUUUGCCAUUAUUGCCACCUCAUAUACAGCGAUACCAGACGUCCCAGGCUGCUCCUGGAGUACGAAAGGUGUCUCAUACUUGAUGUUGUUUAUUUUUUUGUUUGUGUUUCAACUAGGACUGGUAUCCCUCACACUCAUACGUGUCAUACAAAGCUGGAGGUCGGCCAAGGGCGAUCUGUACGCCAUCUUUGUGAAGCAUAACUUAUUCUACUAUGCAUGUGGUUUCAUUUUCUCUGUCGUGAAUGUCAUCAUGCCAGUGCUAUUCCCCAAUGUGCGUAAACCUCCUGUUACCCUUCAAUACGAUCGAGUCGUUGAUGUUCCGCACACAAAGUCCGCAUACUACAUCGUCCUGGAAGACCUUCAGGUGUGUAUCCUUCGCAUCCUUGCCACGCGCAUGCACCUCCAUCUCUGGCAUACCGACCAGCACAUGCACGACUCUGACGCCCUUAUAUGUACUUCUAUGUUCGACUUGUCACCUACAGACAGUACGGUGUAA